UCCCAUUCACGCGUUCGUUCCAUUCGUAAUGUCGACGCGCUACUGGGAAGCCCUCUUAUAGCUUCCAUCGUGUAAAAGUUAACAAAAUGACGAUAUUUAAGUGUUUUAUUAUUAUAGUUCUAAUUGAUUUAUGUUAUGUUUGUGUUAACAGUGCACUUGAAAUGCCCCCCUCGGACCAACAUCAACCGUCCUUCACGUGCGUGCUGGGAGCUGGCUACUCCGGGUUGGCGGCUGCUAGAUAUUUGAAACAGUACGGCCUUAACUUCACAGUGUUUGAGGCAGCCAGUGACGUGGGGGGAACGUGGAGGUUUGAUCCUCAUGUUGGUUAUGAUGAAUAUGGGACUCCGUUAGCCACCAGCAUGUACAAAUACCUGAGAACAAACACACCACGACAGACUAUGGAGUUUAACGGCUUUCCAUUUCCAAAAACAUCGCCCUCGUAUCCAACAGGGCCUUGCUUCUACAAGUAUAUUUUGGCCUUCACCAAAUACUUCAAACUAAGGGAUAAUAUCCAGACAAAUAGUUUCGUGCAACUAGUGAAAUGGGUAGGUAACCAUUGGGAAGUGACGUACACAAAGACAGACGAACGAGAAAACCACACUGUCUCUUGUGAUUUCGUGGUGGUUGCUACUGGGCAGUACAUGAAGCCUGUUAUGCCCAAGGUGCCUGGUCAAAACGUAUUUAAAGGUCCAAUAAUGCACAGCCAUGACUAUCGAGGACCAGAACCAUUUAAAGGCAAAAAGGUGCUCUUAGUAGGCGCAGGGGCAUCUGGAUUGGAUCUUGCAACUCACCUAGUAAACGUGACAGAGAAACUGGUUCACAGCCACCAUUUGAAAUACAAUCAGCCGGAUUUCCCCAAGAGCUAUAAAAAGAAACCCGAUAUGAAAGUAUUCCUCGAAAAUGGCGUUAUAUUUAAUGACGACACUUUCGAAGACGUCGAUGUUGUUAUUUGCUGUACAGGUUAUGAAUACCACCAUCCAUUUUUGCACCAAAGCGCCGGUCUCUCAGCUUAUGGCAAAUUUGUGUUGCCACUUUACCAACACAUUGUUAAUAUUCGACACCCGAGCAUGUCAUUCAUUGGAGUUGUUAAUGUUGUUAUCACUAAGACCAUGGAUGCACAGGCUGAAUAUAUAGCGGCAUUGAUAGCUGGAAGAUUCAAACUGCCAUCUCAAGAAGACAUGUUGAAGAAAUGGCUGCAACAUGUUUACGCUCUACAGGAUCGAAAUAAGAAAAUCGCUGACGUCAAUGUUGUUGGAGAAGACAUGGACCGGUACUUCGCCAAUCUGACAAGAGAAGCCGGUAUUACGAGAGUUCCUCCCGUACUUAAAGAUAUAAGAGAUUUCAAUGCAAAAUAUCGUUUGGAGGAUCUUCUCAAUUACCGCGACUAUGACUUUGAGGUGAUCGACCCCUAUCAUUACAAGAGGUGGUACAAUGGAGGCGGGGACAGAGGACUGGAGUGUCCACUGGAUGACGACACACAGUAAGAGUACUUACUGUUACUGUUCUUAACUAUUUUAUAAGUUGGGUUCGUAUUGUGGACGGCCUGAACAUUCGUGAACUUUACUAAUAUUCUUUAAGUUAAAAUCCAUUUUGUGUUAGUAACCAGUCUUAAAACUAAAUGUUAGUCUAAUACUAAGCCGUUUGUCCAGCGUGGGGCGUGCCCAGCUCCGGCCGGUGCCUCGUUAUUGUAGUUGUCUUUAUUUUGUUUUUGUUUGGCUUUUCAAUAUUUUGAUGGAAAACAGUUUUAGCCGGUUCAAAAUUCAAACUAUGUGGCGGUGUUUAAAUAAUAUUUUAAAUUUUGUCAAAAAUACUUUCAAGUAGAUUUCUCUACGUUUUUAUAAUAUAACUAGCUGUCUCGGCAAACGUUAUAUUGCCAUAUAAAUUAUUUAAAAAAAAAAAUUUUUUGCGCUACAAAAAAUUUAUAUUAGCUGAUUCUCAGGCCUAUAUGCCAGAUACUUAAUAAUUUCAAUUUAAUUUUCUUCGUUUGUGUAAUAUAAAGGAUAAAUUAUUCUAAAGUGUAGAAUGUAGCUUGCUCAAGAGAGUUUCAGUUUAGAAACGUAAUUUUUUUCAUAUAAUGCUGCUGUUUACCUGUUAUCGUGCGACGAGCGCGACCAUGUGUUCUGACCACGCCACAGUUCCGUCCCGUGUCUUUAUUUUCGUGAGAAAAAAACCGUGCGAAAUCACGGAGCAAGUCUACGGUAUAGUACAAUAGCUUAAACACAUGAUCGGAUUCGUCCGAACCAUCGCACGCGUUCCGGUAGCGGACCAUUGGUAUGUCGUAUGAUCUAUCGUUCUAAAUUAUUAUUAUUACUGUUCGGACCGUACCGAGUACGACGCCGGACCGUCCGAUGGUUCGGCCGAACCAAAUCCGACUUUUGUUUAGGCUAUAUCAAUGACGUUCUAUAUAUACGCAUAAUUAUAUGGACAUGUCGUUCGCAGUCUAAUAGCGGAUCGGAAAAAGUGUGCUUAGAUAGCACGGUUGACUCUAUCCACGGUGCUCCUUCUUCUUCUUCGAGCUCGUCCGUUACGUAUCAGUGUUUUCUGUUGUGUUAAUUCAAAUGUAUAAAUCACAAGAUGGUAGCUGGUGAUGACAUACCAUCAGGUGGAGUGUGAGUAUGCUCAUCAAUCAAAAAGAAAAAGUUGUAAACGAGAGAGACGAGAGACAACGUGUUAUUGUAUUUAAGUUUCUAUAUUAAUUAUAUUACUAAUUGAUUACAUAGAUCAUUUCUAUGUCUACAUACACUGUGACAGCCGUGAUAUCAUCGGCUAUAUACAAGAUUUACAUUACAUUACAUCAUAAUAUUUACAUUUCUCAAUACCAGUUGUUAAAGUAAUUCUAAUAAAUAAAGUUUAUCAGGGUGCGCAGAGCAUGUGAAAGUUCAACCACUCAAACACACACACACACCAGCAAUGGUAACAAUAAUAGUAUAAGGUUAGUUAUGUCACGUCUACUGAGGCCAGCCAGACUGAGCUGAUAAAUAAUGUAAACAAAUGGACCGUUACUGAGUUACAUUGUGAUAGCGAGCAACUACUGGUUGGUCGAUGAUAGCUGUCGUUGUGUGUUUCAUGGUACAGUAAGUAGUGAGUACCGCAGUUGUUAACAUUUGAUCCGCCAUUUUGUGAACAAUUACACUCCUGUUUUGAUUACGUUGCAAGUGAAACAUAUUUUUUCGUUUCCGUAUUUACUUAUUGAUUGUUAUUAUUAUAAUAGUACACAUAUUAUGUUACCAUUAUAAGAUUUAGGUUAUUAUUUGUAAAUAAAUUUUGAUACAAUCACUUCA